CUGAAAGUGCUGAGAAAAAGCCAGAAGUGAUGCAAAGAAAGUUGAAUUGCACUUCCAUAUAUGUUAAUAUUCUGUAUGGGUUUCUAAAAGUUAUGAAUGAAGGGCAAGGUCAAAAUGAACAAGCUCUUGGUUCUGGGUAAGGAUAUGGUUUCAGAUUUCUGUAAUUAAACACCCCCACCCCCCAAAAUACAGCAGUUCCAUAAAUAUUUACAGAUACUGUAGCUGUGUACCACAGUAUAUUAGACUAGCAAAACUAAAUGUACAUGAUUUCAGACAUUCACAUUUAACUGAAGGGUGUCCCCCACUUGAGACCAAAAUGAUUUGACUGAUUUAAUUUAUUGUAGAUUAAGUGGUUAAAAAUCCUUUGCAGUCAGUAACCGCCUGAAGCUAGAGAUAUCACCUGAUGCUGGGUGAGGGUCCCUGAUGAUGCUCAGUCAGGCCUUUACUGCAAUUGUCUUCAGGGUCUGCUUGUUCUUGGGGCAUUUUUGUCAUGCUAAUUUGGAUUCCUGUCAUCUGUCUGAGUUGCACAACAUUCUACUUAUUUGCCUUUAAAAAAAGUCUUGGGGUCGAUUUCAAAGUAUGCACUGUCCAAUGAGCUUUGAAGCAUUUGGCUGAACCUGACCUGAUUAUAUAUUACAUAUUUCACCCAUCUGGAACCAACAGCUAUGCUAGCUGUCAAACUCACUGAGAUCACUUCUUUUCCCUUCAUUUCACUCUACUGCUCCCACAUCACUGGCUGAUUUGCUAAUUGCAAGAAUGUGCAGAUGUUCCUAAUAAAGUGGACACCAAGUGCAUGUUUUUGCCAACAUUCUGCUGGCUCUUUGACUAAUACCUGGCCUUUAGAAGUUCCUAAUAAGUUUUCUCUGGGUGCUUUGAUAAAUUGUGACAUUUAGAUGAUCGAAAAAAAGAAAGAAAACAAUUAGUCUCCCAGAUAGUAAACUGUAACACAACACAUUUUCCAUCAUUUUAAACCUAUAUCUAUAGCACAAUCACAACCUAUAACAAUGUAACUGUAAUAUGCUACUUACUCUAUAAGGCUUACAAGACGUUCCAAGCAAAGGUGCAGUCUGCUAUCUUUAUUCAGCCCUGACUUGCAAAAUGCAUGCUGCUUUCUUUUACUUUAACCUCGUGAUACAGUGACAGGCAGAAAGUGUAGAGUUACCCAACCUCCUGUAAACAGAGGAUACAGCUUUCAAACCAGCACAGGCUUAUGCAAUCCUUUUUAUCAGAACUGAAGUUUUUUUUUUUUUCCACAAGUCAAUUUUGUCUCAUGCGCACACACACACACAAACCAUGCAGAUAAAUACCAGACGUUCAGAAACAUGGUAUGAAAAAGUAAGCCACACAGGAGUUCUCUUAAAGCGACUAAUUAUAAACAGGGCUAAUAUGAAAUGAGCAAUAAAUAAAACUCAUUUUAUGUAAUAAAAAUAACUGUUAAAAAUGACAGUUAAUUAUUGUUGCCAAAAUCUUUGGUUUAUUAUAUAAUCUGGGAAUGUAGUUGUAGAGGGUGUGAGUGUGUGUGUGGCCAGCUGUUAGAAAUAUUUCCUUUGCAGCUGAUCAUGUAACAGCAAACACUUGUCCAAAACGAAUUUGUGAUCAAGUGCAGUGUGAAGCUUUUCCAGCUAUUUCUGGCUCACACGCAGCAAGUGGGUGACGAGUUUGAAUGCUGACUGUUUACAGAAAGCAGAGCUUCAUUACUCGAAUCCCAAGAUGGGUUCUCUGACCCCAUCACAGUGAGGGGUUAGCAUGACUGAAGAAUGUGCUUUUGAGAGCUUCUACACAGGAGUAAAUCACAACUCAUUUUUGGAUUUUAGUUUUCAAUUAUUCUGCUUAUCACUGCAUGUGUUCAAAGUUGUUGGUGGGGUUUUUUUUGUUUUUUGUUUUUUUUUUUAAAGCUGAGUGGUAUAAUCAAAAUUUGUACUUGCCUUUUUCACCUUUGUUUUUUUUUAACUUAAGUGUAAUUAACACUAGACCAUGAUUGAAAUGUCAAGAGCCUUAAUGAAUACCCUUCUUGGUGAUUAAUGACAUGAGAAAUGGUUCUGAAUUGGAAUUGAAAACAAUAAGCCUAUAAAAGUCUGCUUUUUUUGCUAUAAAACAGCCUAUUUUUCUUGAAGUUUUAAGGAAAAUGUAUUAAAACUUGGGAGAAAAAAUGGAAAAAUCUUCUCUGGCAAGAGGUAGACAUGUUCAUUUAUAAUACGUUCUUUUAUUCCUUGUGGAGAAGCUGUGUGUUCUCUAUGCCUUAGAGAAAGAAAGCAAGGAAGAGAGAUCCUCCCUCCCAGAGGCUAUCCACUCUCAAAUCCUAGCUUUAAUUGUGCCAUAUGAAGCAAGAGACAGACACAAUCAGAUCAGAGAUGAGAGCUACAACACAAGUAGACAGUGCUGAUGGUGGAUUUGGAAAAAAAAAAACACCCCUGACUGAAGUCGACUAGUUCCUGCCAGUGAGUAAGUGAGGGAGAGAGAGAGCGAGAGAGAAAGGGGAACAGCCAUGAGAAGGAGUGGGAGGAAGAAAGCACCAGAAAGGGAGUGAGUGCAGUGCGCGAGGGGAAGUGAGAGAGAGAGAGGGAGUGGGAACGGGGAGGGGGAGAGCAAGCGAUGGAGAGACAGGAAACAUGCAACAGCCACUGAACCUGGACGGCAGGAAGAGUGGAGGAAGCAGCGGAAUACGGAGGCUCUUGGCCAGAAGCAGGGGCAAUGGAAUACGAGCAAAGGCAGCAUGUGUUUGUUCAGGAGGAGGGAGGGAGGCUGUCAACGGUCCAGCAGCAGAGAACAACGUGGGGAUAAUAUCAGAAGCAGGCACUGACGAGAAACGGAGGGAGAGGGUGGGGGUGUGAGCCAAGGAACAUGCUGACGAAAAAGUUUCAGGCUUCAGGAGGGAUAGAACUUGCAUGACAAUACCAUCCAGCCAGGAGUGGUGGGAGACGAUGCAUGAGGGAAGGAUAAAUCUGUGCUGGCGUCUCCAUAUGAAUCCUCUCUCCUCCCUUCAUUAUGUUUACUGAUACCAGAAGACUUGGGAAACAUACUAUCCCAUGUCACUUCUGGCUCUUACAGAAGAAGACCAAGAUGGGACACUCAGCAAAGACUGGGAAGGGAUCUUUGUUUAGUUUUGAGCCUGAGGAAUACAAGAAGAUGGGUUCUUAUGGAUCUAAGCAGACCAUCCAUAAUGGAUACAGUUGCCAUUCUAGAGUAUCGCUUACCACUCUGAAGUGGCAUUCGAAGCUCUUUAGGACUGGUGAGAGCUGUCAAACUGAGUCGAGCAGUAUGAGGUGGCGUAAGUGUCAGGGGCAGGGAUUACAACACAACAGCGCCUCUGUGAGAGACCGCUCAAGAGAAUGCAGCUUUGUGGAAAGCCUCCACCAAACCCAGACACCCCUCCCUUUGAGGAAAUGUGCUCUGGAUUUGCCGACGCAGUUCAUAGGUCAAAGAAACUGUGGAGUGCCUGUUUGCGUGGUGGCACAACAAUCCGGCUCUGUCAGAGAGUCGCUGCCGCCUGGGCAAACUGAGGCGAACGAAUACACCUUUAACAAACGUCAGACACCUAAAACCAGCUGCAAUAGCAAUCCAGAACACUAUAUUGUGGACAACGCAAGACAGAAUAUUCCUAACUCAAUGGGACAUGUAGCAGAAGACAGUGAUGGGUCCAGGUCCAUGCAUGAAGUUUUUUUCUCUACAGAAGUUCCCCAAAACAUCACCAUCAACCACAAUAAGAGUUCUCAUAAAGGGGAUAUGCAAAAUAUGUCAAGCAAUGGGGGGCAGUCCAUAAGUGGAGAAGCUUACAUCUUCAAAUCAAAGAAAACUCAGAGGGUUCUCCAGGACCAGAUCCGUAAAGUGGUUGUGAAUCUUGAGGAAGUUCUCCGUGGCUUGAAGGAAGUGCAUGUGGAAAUGAAGGAGGUAGUCCAGCAGAUUGACCAGCUGACCUCCAGCAUUGACCUGGGAGAGGAUGAAAGCGGAGAAGCUUCUGGGCAUUGCAGCCCUAGUGAGAUUGUUUCUGCAUCAGAGGAAGCAAAGCAUUUAGACGCCAGCAUCCACAAUUCUGGGUACUCAAAAAACCCAAGUCUUGUUGUGUCACCACUACCAGUGGGCAGAGAAAGCUACCAGAGAAGACUUGAAGCAUGUAACAAAGACCAGACACCAGGUGAAAGCCCCCCUAGUGUUGCUCCACCAGAAUACACAGCUGCACUUUCAUCUAUACACAAUUCAGGACAGAAAUUGAAUCAUGGAACAACAGUGUCACAAAUUAAGGGGCCUAAAACAGAGGCCAAUGUGUUGUCUAGAAGCCAGAAGCCUCCUCCUUACCCCCUUAACAACAAAACCUUGAGGGUGAAUGAAGGGAAUACUCCCCCAUAUGCAGGCAGAAGAAGACUGCUGUCCACUACUGUGUAAUGGGGCAGCUGCUUGAGGGCAGCUAGGGAAAGAUUACAGUUUGAAGAAGCCGGUAUCCAAGGAGACCGGCGGCAUUAAGUACAGGCAGAUGACAGAAAUGCUUGUUUUUUGAAAAGUGGAGGAAUCCAAAAACUGGAGGAAAAUACGGACAUCAUUCAUCUCUUCUUCUGGCUGAAUCUCUGGUGCUCAGUGAUGUCAGGAAACAGUUUAGUAACAGAGAUUCUGGGACUAGAGCCACAUCCAUCCAUUUAUUUCCCUUUUUCUAAGCGUAAACGUCUCAAAGUUAAACCAAUCAGAGCUCGUCAUGACGUGUCCUACCAAU